AUGGCCCCCUACUUGGACGACUUGACACAAAUGCCACAGAACGACCAUGGCCACUGCACCGUGCCAGAGGCAGCGUGUAACUGCAAGACCAUGGCGGACCCGAUCGCCAUCUGUGGCAUGGCGUUGAGGUUGCCCGGAGGAAUCGCAACCCCGGAUCAGUUCUGGGAGUUCCUCGUGAAUAAGAGGGAUGCAAGGAGCUUGAUCCCCGACUCUAGAUUCAAGGCAGGAAGUUUCUAUUCCAAAUCAGGGAAGACGGGCCACUUGAGAACCCAACAUGGCUACUUCCUGGACGAUUCUAUGCUCGGAACUCUUGACACUACCUUCUUUAGUAUGUCCCGGCCCGAGGUUGAGCGACUGGAUCCCCAGCAACGACUACUGCUGGAAAUUACGCGUGAGUGCUUUGACAGCGCGGGAGAAACGGCAUAUCGAGGCAGGGCAAUUGGCACCUACAUCGGAUCAUUUGGAGAAGACUGGCAGGAAAUCAUGUCUAAAGAUGAAGAAGUAGUUGGUCAGUUCAAGAUUACUGGGUACGGCGACUUUGUCCUUUCCAACAGACUAGCGUACGAGUAUGAUCUCAGAGGCCCAAGCAUGACCAUCCGGACCGGCUGUUCCGCGGCUCUAGUCGGUCUCCACGAGGCUUGCCUUGCUAUCCAGAACGGCGACUGCAGCGCAGCACUUGUUGGCGGAGUGAACCUGAUCAUGGCCCCUGGGCUGUACAUUAGCAUGUCGGAUCAAGCUGUACUUUCGCCGAACGGCAGCUGUCGUACAUUUGAUGCUUCCGCGGAUGGCUACGCCCGUGCCGAGGGUGUCAACAUGAUUUAUAUUAAGAAACUUAGCGAGGCCACUCGAGAUGGUAAUCCCGUCCGGGCCAUCAUCCGCGGCACCGCUGCCAAUGCUGAUGGCAAGACUCCUAGCCUGACUAUGCCAAGCGCCGAGAGUCAUGAAGCCAUGAUCAGACGAGCAUAUCAGGCGGCCGGCCUAGCCGACAUCGCCGAGACUGCGUUUGUGGAAUGUCACGGCACGGGAACCCCGACGGGAGACCCUAUAGAAACUGGCACAAUAGCAAAGCUUUUCGGCGACGCAGGCGUCUUCAUAGGGGGGUGCAAACCCAAUGUCGGUCAUUCUGAAGGAGCGUCUGGGAUCACCUCGCUUAUCAAGGCAGUUCUCGCCCUGGAACAUCGUGAAAUACCACCCAACAUCAAGUUUGAAAAGCCGAACCCCAGGAUCCCCUUCUUUGAGAAGAAGUUGACAGUGCCACUGGACCGCACGCCAUGGCCUGCGGGUAGAAAGCCAAGGGUUUCCGUCAACUCCUUCGGCAUAGGUGGUUCGAACGCGCAUGCCAUUAUUGACUCGGCGACUGAUUUUGUUGAAGUUCGAUCUGUUGCCCAGGCUCCCACACCCCCUAUGAGUCCACAACUGCUCGUCUUCUCCGCCAACACCCCUGAGUCCUUAGCAAGCGAGACCGUCAACCACCGGGCAUAUAUUGAAAAGAAUCCAAGUCCAAGUACUGUGAGGGAUGUAGCCUACACCCUGGGCUCUCGGCGAGCCCACUUACCAUACCGAGCGUUUUCUCUCGUUGGAAGCGGUGUAGAAGGAAACAUUUCGCCCGCGGUGAAAAUGUCAAAGAGCACUCCAGAUCUAGUUCUCGUUUUCACGGGCCAGGGGGCGCAGUGGCCCGAAAUGGGCGUCGAGCUAUUGAGAAACAGCAAAUCUUUCCGCGAAUCAAUCAGUACCAUGGACAGCAUUCUCAAGUCCCUGCCGAACCCCCCUGCGUGGACAAUUCUGGAGGAAAUGACCAAACCCGCAGAGUCAAGUAGGCUGCACAAUGCCACCAUCUCGCAACCGGUCUGCACAGCGGUUCAAUUAGCGCUGGUCGAUACGCUUUUUGAUCUCGGGGUCCAACCUUUUGCCGUUGUCGGCCACUCAUCGGGAGAGAUGGCCGCUGCAUACGCUGCCGGGAAGCUGACUCUGAGCGAGGCCGUCAUUGCUGCAUACUUCCGGGGUGAAGCGUCUGGCUCGUCGUCCAGGCCGGGUCUAAUGGCCGCGAUUGGCAUGGGCUGGCAAGACACAGUCGAAUUCCUGAUACCGGGAGUUGUCAUUGCUUGCGAGAACUCGCCGUCUAGUGUCACGAUAUCGGGGGAUUGUGACCAGGUUGAGAAGAUGAUAGAGAGCAUACAACGAGCCAAGCCGGAUACGCUUGCGCGCAAACUGAAGGUGGACAAGGCAUACCACUCCCACCACGUGCGAGAGAUUGGGGAAUCGCUGUUUGAGAAGUCGUGUCCGUAUAUCAGAAGCACCCCCGACGCACCGAAGUCAGAGAUAUUCUCGACAGUAACUGGGAAACGUCUUCGCUCAACGCAACCAACAGAUGCGGCAUACUGGGGGUUGAACCUUGAAUCACCUGUCCUCUUUCGAACUGCCGUCGCGAAUCUUGUGGAAUACCAUAAACAGAGGUCAAACGGUCUGGUAUUUCUUGAAGUCGGGCCCCAUUCCGCCCUCGCAGGACCUCUACGUCAGACUUUGGCCCAGGCAUCUGUUACCUGCCCCUAUUCGUCCUGUCUGGUUCGUGGGAAGAACGGUAACCAAACCUUUUUGACGGCGCUUGGUCACCUCUGGCAGCAGGGCAUCCAGAUCGAUUUCAAACGUCUAACAAACCGAGACGGCAGCGCCAGAGCAGUCGCCGAUCUGCCUACCUAUGCCUGGCAUCAUGAUCAUCCAAUACUCUUUGGAUCCCGCAUCACGCAAGAAUGGCGACAGCGCAGAUUCCCAAGGCACGAACUGCUUGGGUCCCGCGUACGGGAAAGCAGUGAUGACGAUCCGCUAUUUCGCAAUGUUCUGCUCCUUGAGCGUGUUCCCUGGAUCAGAGACCACAAUAUCCAUGGCGAUGUUAUUUUCCCCUGUGCGGCAUAUGUCGGUAUGGCCGGCGAAGCGGUCAGGCAGGUGUCAACGGGGCAAUUUGCCGGAUUCUCCAUGCGCAAUGUGGUUAUUCACAUGGCUAUGGUUCUCGGCGAGUCGGCGUCCACCGAGAUAGUAACGAACCUGCGGAGGGAGCGUUUGACUGACAGUCUGGAUGGCACUUGGUGGGAGUUCACCAUCAGCUCCUACAACGGGUCAUCGUGGACGAGGCACUGCUCCGGCAAAGUCUGCCCUCGCAGUUCUGCCACAGAGGAUACCGCCCAGCCGAGAAGCUACCCUCGCAAGAUCCAGGCCUCCAAAUGGUACAAUACCCUGCGCAAGGUUGGCGCUAACUAUGGGGAGCAGUUCCAGGGGCUAGCGAGCGUAGAAUGCUCGACCGAAGGGCACAUCGCGCGAGCCAAAGCGUUACACACGGCACUGGAUGACGAGGUUUUCUAUCCCCUCCAUCCCACGAAGAUAGAUUUCUUCCUGCAACUUUUUAGCGUCGCCUCCGCCAAGGGUCUCGGCCAUAGGCUGGACAAGAUGACAGUGCCGACUUUUAUCGGCGGUCUUGACAUCACCGUCAGCAGCGACGAGCUUGAUAUGGUCGUUUCAGCGGAGAGAACACCGCGCGGGCUGAUUUCCGGUAGUGGCUGGGCCGUUGACAGGCACUGUCGUGUCGUUUUGUCUAUGACAGACACCAAACUCAGUCCCUUGGAAGGGGACGCCGCCGGUGGCGAUCGACACGCUGCUGCCCGCAUUUUCUGGCAUCCAGAUAUAUGCUUUUCCGACCUAACCACCUUGGUUCGACCGCAUCCCGAACAGGAACGAGUCUUGAGGCUCACAGAGGAAAUGCAUUUGCUCUGCGUGCGAGAAGCUAUGCUCCGGCUCAGAGCCAUCAAACCGACGAUGCCACAUCUGAGGAGCUUUCAUGACUGGCUAAGAAUACAGCCGGAACCUAGAGACGCGCUUGACCUGCAAAGCGUGGCCGAUCAGCUUUCAAGAUCGGCUUUCGCCCCCUUUGCAGUGGCCAUGAAGCAGAUUCUUGAUAACGUUGUCCCCAUCUUCAAAGGCGAAGUUGAGCCGCUCGAAGUCCUCCUGCCAAACAACACACUUACGAACCUUUACGACUCGAUGAAUCUCGGCGACCGACGGCCCCUUUUCCAAUCCCUAGGUCACGCCAACCCGGGUAUGCGGAUCUUGGAGAUCGGUGCAGGCACGGGGGGCACAACAAAUAAGAUCCUGCAUUGGCUGCAGAGUGAUGUAGCAAACGACUACAUGUAUUCGCAAUAUGUCUAUACGGAUAUCUCCGCUGGAUUCUUUGCCGCCGCUCAGGAGCGUUUCCGGGACCAUCCCCGCGUGUCUUUCCAGACACUUGACAUCUCCAAGGAUCCCCUGGGACAAGGAUUCGAGGCUGGCACCUUUGAUCUUGUCAUUGCCGCGAACGUGCUCCACGCCACGCCAAGCAUUGCGAAGACCCUGGUCAACGCGAGAAAGCUCCUGCGGCCGGAUGGCAGGCUCUACAUGGAAGAGCUUUGCUGCGAUAUCAAAGCCAUAAACUUCAUCAUGGGCGUUCUUCCGGGGUGGUGGCUUGGUGCGCAAGACGGAAGGGCGGAUGAGCCGUACGUUUCUCCCGAGCGCUGGGAUCUGGCUCUUCGGGAGGCCGGCUUCGCGGGUCUGGAGAAAACUGCCCUGGAUUGCCCUGCUCCGAACCACCUUCUGGCGUAUCUCACCGCACGUCCCAGGACAGAGGAGCGCCGGAGAGAGAUCACUGUGGUAUACGAUGAAGAUUCGCAAGGGAUCGCCGACUCUGUUCGUGAUAGGCUGAUGGUGAAGGGCUUUGAUGUGUUUUUGCGUGACCUCAAGGCGGCGCCAACAAUCAAUGGCGAUGUCCUCUGCGUGUUUGACAUCAACAGGCCCUUCUUCGACGAGAUAUCAGAGGAGGCAUUCCUGGCCUUCAGAGAGCUGGCUACGUGCGUUUCCAGGACUGGCCAUGGUAUUUUCUGGCUCUCCAAGCUAUCGCAAGUCAGGUGUGUUGACCCGAGAUGGGGUCAAGUGAUAGGCACAGCAAGGAGCCUCCGGAACGAGCUUAGCAUGGACUUUUCGACUUGCGAGAUCGACAACGUAGACGAUCACACAUUGGAAAAAGCCAUCGCGGUCUUUGAGAAAUUUCAAAGACGUCGGGCAACGGAGCACAUCCGGCCAGAGUACGAGUAUGCUAUCAGAGAUGGCGUCGUAUUGAUUCCUCGGCUGCUGCCCGUAUCUGUCCACGCCGAAAUGGGCAAGGAAGACGAUGACGCCUUGCACCCGCAACUUGGCCUUGUUGUUGGGCAACACGGACGUCUGGACACACUGAGUUGGACAACGAGAAAGAGGCGCAAACUUGUUGGCGACGAGGUCGCUCUCGAGGUCAAGGCUGUCGGCAUGAAUUUCAAGGACGUCUUGAUUGCCAUGGGCAUUGUCGACUCUAACUCCUUGGACAGCCUUGGCCUGGAAGCGAGCGGAGUCAUCCGAGAGGUUGGGCCGGGUUGCUGUGACCUCAGCCGAGGAGACCGUGUUCUUGUCUUUGGAGGGCAGUGCUUCUCGACAGAGCUUGUAAUCACAUCCCAACUCUGCGUCAAGAUGCCAGAUGGUCUCUCGUUUGAGGAUGGCGCGACAAUGCCCUGCGUCUUUUCAACUGUCAUUCACGGACUGCUGGACGUGGGCAACCUGGAGGCCGGCCAAACCGUCCUGGUUCACUCGGCAUGCGGAGGCGUCGGGCUAGCAGCGAUCCAGAUUUGCCAAAUGAUCGGCGCUGAAGUGUUCUGCACUGUCUCUAGCAAAAGAAAGAUCGAGUACCUGACGAGCACCUUUGGGAUCCCGGGGGACCAUAUUUUCAACUCACGCGACGCUUCUUUCUUGCCCGAUGUCAUGAAGGCCACCGGCAAUCGGGGUGUAGACGUAGUACUCAACUCCCUCUCUGGUGCUCUGCUUCAUGCUUCUUGGGAUUGCGUGGCAGUCUUUGGCAAGAUGAUCGAGAUAGGCAAACGUGACCUCAUUGGCAAUGGCAAGCUGGCAUUGAACGUCUUUGAGUUGAACCGGAGCUAUCAUGGGGUCGACCUGGGUCAUGUCAUUGAGAAUAGGCCAAGGGCCGGCCAUAGGCUUCUGGAGAGAAUUGUCCGCCUUUACGAAGAAGGCCAUAUCCAUCCCCUCCGGCCGAUUCAGACGUUUACGGCCGAUGCGGUGGAGUCGUGCUUCCGGUAUAUGCAAAAGGGGGAGCACAUUGGUAAAAUUGUCGUGACAAUGAACACCAGCGAUGGAAGGCCCCUCAAAUCAUCUUCCUCGGCCGCGGAGCUAAGCUUCCCUAGCGACGCUUCUUACCUUUUAGUUGGCGGCCUCGGAGGUCUGGGCAGGACGGUCUCUACUUGGAUGGUUGAGCGAGGCGCCAGGCACCUCGUGUAUCUUUCACGCCGGGCUGGUCAGUCAACGAGGGAUCACGAGUUUUUCGAGGAGCUCAGGUGCCAGGGAUGCACCGCUACAGCAGUCCAAGGCUCCGUGUCUGAGCUGAGCGAUGUUGAGAGGGCCGUGGCUGCAGCGAGGAAACCGCUGCGGGGGAUUCUCAACAUGUCGAUGUUGUUGCAGGAUGAAGCCUUCAGUCGAAUGACGUUCAGAGAAUGGACGGCUGCGGUCACCCCAAAAGUGCGUGGCACUUGGAACCUGCACAAGGCGUCUCUCUCACAGCAGCAACAGCAGCAGCAUGGCCCGCUCGAUUUCUUCCUCUUGUUCAGCUCUAUCUCUGGUGUCAUGGGCCAGCCAGGACAGGCUAACUAUGCUGGGGCUAAUACCUUUCUGGACGCAUUUGUCCAGUAUCGACAAAGUCUAGGCUUGUGCGCAGCGGCCGUUGAUAUUGGGGCUAUGCUGGACCACGGCUAUAUCGCAGAGAACCCGAUCUUGCUGGAGCGCCUCACAUCUCAAGGGAACUAUGGGAUCCGAAUCCCCGAGCUCCUUGACGCUCUCUCGACGGUCGUGAACGCAAAGGUGCCCAGGGCGGAUCAGUUGCACAGCUUUGUCAGUGCAUCGCAGUUGGUCAUCGGCCUGCGCAGCACAACGAGUCUCUCUGACCCAACGAAUCGUGUCGUCUGGAAGCGGGAUCGCCGCAUGGCUUACUACCAUGGCCGUGGCCAGAGCACCGGGUCAAGCGAAGCCGCGAGCAAGACAGGAGCCUCUGACGAACUGGCAUUGUUCGUCCGGGCUGCAGUCGGCAAUCCCGACCUUCUCCGGGGGGCGGGUGCCGCAGACUUCGUAGCACGUCAGCUGGCACUCCAGCUCUUCCGCCUCCUCCUCAAGCCCGUGGAGGACGGAGAAGAGGUGAAUGUAAACAUUUCGCUGCAGGACGCGGGGCUGGAUAGCCUACUUGCAGUCGAGAUGCGUAGCUGGUGGAAGACGGUUCUCGGGUUUGACAUUAGCGUGCUCGAGAUGCUGGGAUCGGGAACGAUCAUGGCGCUUGGGGACAAAGCACUGCGAGGCUUGCGCGAGAAGCUGGAGCGAGGGCUGGACGCAUGA